AUGCAUGCUAAAGCAGCCAGCCUUUUGUUGGGAGAGAAAAACAGCAAGAAGCUAGCGAAUAUUUCUCUAUCCGAUUCCACGAUAAAACCGCGCAUUGAUGAACUCGCAAAGAAUAUCGAAUUGCAGGUUAUCGAAAAGAUACAUUCAUCACCUUGUUUCGCCAUUCAAUGUGACAGGACAACUGAUUUAACCCAAUUGUCUCAGCUGAUGGUCUACGUCCGUUUUAUCGGAUCUACAAGCAUUGAAGAGGAAAUGUUGUUUUGCAAACCCCUUGAAACCACCACCAAAGCGGAAGAUGUGUUCAAAGCUGUUGCUGCGUAUUUUGACAGCAACGCCAUCAAAUGGGAGAACCUUGUGGGAAUAUGCACUGAUGGGGCCCCUGCAAUGCUUGGGUCACGAAGUGGAUUUGUUAGCAGGAUGAAGCAGAGAAGCCCCAUCGCAAUCGGAACUCACUGUGUAAUUCACAGGGAAGCUCUGGCAUCCAGGACCUUGCCUCCUGCAUUGGAUGACAAGCUUGCUGUUGUCAUACGAAUUGUUAACUUCGUCAAAGCAACACCAGUCAAAUCGAGGUAG